AUGGCGAUGGCAUGUGGUAGUGGUGAUGGCAGUGGUUGCGGCGAUGGUGGUGUUGACAAUGGCUAUGGUGGUAAUGACACGGUGGUGCUGGAGAUAGCAGUGGCUGCGAUGACGGUGGUGGUAGUUGGUGGUGGUGGCAAUGUGGCUGCGAUGAUGGUGGUGGUAGUUAGUGGCGGUAGUGGUAGUGGUGACGGUAGUGGCUGCGAUAGUGACGGUGGUGGCAGUGGCAUGGUGGUGGUGGAGACAGCAAUGGCUGCGACGGUGGUGGCAAUGGUAGCGGUGGUAAUGAUGGUGGUGGCGACGACAGUGGCUGCGACGAUGGUGGUGGUGGUGGAAAUGGCGGUAUUGGCAUGGUGGUGGUGGUGGUGA